GGCAGCGCAGCAUCCCGAGCGAGCGCAGAGGUAGCUGGCUGACAUGACCGCUCCGCGCGCCGCCCUCCUCUCCGCCCUGGGACCCGCGCUGCUUCUCGCAGGCCAGGGUAAUGGUGAGGAUUUAGAGCACUCCGGAUUCCAACCCACCGAAGAAGAAGAAGCCACAAGUGAAGAAACCACUUCAAGCAUAUUUGCUUCGGUGACCACGGAAGCUUUAGCUGCAGACACGAAUUCCACGAGCGCUGCCGAGGCUGCAGGCCAGCUAGAGUUUAUACUACUGGUGUUGAUCCCAUUGGCUUUGCUGGUCCUGCUACUUUUAUCAGUGGUACUCCUUGCAACAUACUUUAAACGAAAGAGAACUAAGCAAGAGCCUUCCAGCCAAGGAUCUCAAAGUGCGUUACAGACAUAUGAACUGGGAAGUGAAAACCUGAAAGUCCCUAUUUUUGAAGAGGACACACCCUCUGUUAUGGAGAUAGAGAUGGAAGAGCUGGAUAAAUGGAUGAGCAGUAUGAACAGAAAUGCGGACUACGAAUGUUUACCUACUUUGAAGGAAGAAAAGGAGUCAAACCACAACCCAAGUGACAAUGAAUCCUAAAACUGUGUGGUGCUGAUGUUUUCCAAGAGAAGUGGUCCCUGAGGGAGAUGCUGGGCCUGCCAACAGAGGACCAAGAGGAUAUAAUUUUAAUUAAUUGCAAAUCAACAGAGACACAAGAACCUUUUGCUGCUUCCUCCAACACCCACGCUUGCACCGAUGGUAUCACCAGCAGGUGGAAGAACGAGGGAUUGAGAAGUGCUGGGAAAAGCCUGGCUGCCAGCCAGCUGCUCUGAGGGUGGAGGAGGAGUCCUGUGAGGCUCUGGCUUCCGAUCAGUGGGUGUCCCCUCCUAAAAAGCAAAGUCCAGCUGACCUCCCUCACUCUGACCACCGAAGCCCUCGUUACCUUUCUACUUCUUUCCUCAGGGUUCAUGUCAGGAAAUUGUUUUAUCUGUGGUCUCCUGGGCCGCCUUGUUACCUACCCCUCUUUGGAUAAUUUCCUCCCAUUAUUCAAGUCUUCUGACAGGUCAAUUCUAUUCAGCAAGAACAUUCCAGAAGGAAACAACACCAAGCAAAGCAAAUGUUUCAAUGCCUGUACCAACCUGGGGAUGGGAAAACUCACUCCCACCUGCCAAGAAGUUGCAGUGAGAGUCCACAGUCUUGAGAAGGUGUCAUUGGGAAAUACCCAGCACCCUUGGGAGCUUCUGGGAAGAACAAGGAACCUCUAAAGAAAGCUAAAGUCAACUCUGUCACAUUUUCCUGAGGCGCAGUCUUGUUUCCUAUACCUCCCUGGCCUCUGAGACGUGGACAGGGAGUGUAUGCAGGCAGGGGUCAUCUGUCCCCCUGCUGUGUCUCUGAGAGCUUUAAGGUCAUUUGAAACAAACAGAACUGGAACAGGAAAUAACUGUACCCAUGGCAGGGAUCACUCAUUGCGCUCUGCGUUCUUUCCUGCCAAGCUGAGACAAGCCUCCUGUCCCCAGCACUGCAUUCCAGGUCACUCAGUCCAUCACAGACGACAUUCUCUGUGAUAUUUGUUGACAUCCUGUGCUAAAAGCAAUGACGCAAAAUGCAGAAGGAUGCAUUGACCGUGUCCCCUCACAUAAAAUCAGUCUCCAUUUAAUCCUUACUUUUUAAAAUUCUGACUUUAAAAAAGCAAUCUGGAAAAUUGAGAGUCCUUAGCUCCCUAGGAUGCUUGAUAUUUUGUUCCAGGAAAGAAACAAAGAAUGAAACUUUAUUUAUUUUGCAAACCACAUAUGAACUGAGGGGGAGAUGAGGUUAACCACGCUUUUGCUGCUGAAUCUUGGAACUGUGUUUGAAGGGCUGCCUUAAUGCAUCACAGAAACCCUUUCUCCUGCCCUCUUGGGCUCUUUUAAGAAGUCCUUGCCUUCUGAAUUAUGCAGAUAAUUUUAAAUGCAGAGUUCCAGGCCAGGGAGGUCUCACCACACAACAAAAGAUCAACUCUGUCAUGUCAACCACUGCUGUCCUGGGACUGCCUGGAGCUCUGACCACAUAGUCUUCCUGGUAUACAACUUCCCCAGAGUCGUCAGCCCUUGCAGCACCCCUAACACGGCUUUUUGUUUUCACUGAUAUUUUGCAUACUCAUAGCCAACUUACGGUUUGCACUGAUUCUCAGAUAUUUAUGCCAAAAUUGCUGUUUUCUGAAUCAUAACCAUAACUUGCCUAUUCUUCUGGCCACGUUUGUUGCUUUUAAGAUCGUUUCUCCUUCUCAGAAGAGUCUCAAUUUGCUUCUUUCUCUUUCUGUGUAUCUAAGAUCCUUUCUGAACAGAGGCCUUUAACCUUGAUCCAAGCCUAUCAAAUGAUGAACUGGAGAUAUUCUCAGAAGUAGAAGCGUUCUGGAAUCUCACUUUGAUAAAGCAAUAUUUUAUGUUAUGAUAAAACAGUAUGUUAGAUAACUUCAGAUUCCUGAAGAAACAAAUUUGUCAUUAUGCCAUUGAGUUUAUAUCUGAGAAAUGCCCUAACCUGUACAAUUGCACGGUGCACAAGGCACUUUUUAAAAAGACAGUUUCUUCUGACAAGGGACAUGAAGUAAUCACACUGAUAAAGUGUUAAUCCAAACACCUGGAACAUUUUAUUCCUACUCAAUGUGUACCACCAAUGUCUGGCAAUUCCAAGAAUUACUCUUAAACCCAAACUUAAUUUUAUGUUUCAGGUUAUUGUUCGUUAGGAAAAAAAAACCCUCAUUAAUUUGUCCUAAUUGAACAGCAAAUUAGAGUAUAAUCUAACUUGGAAAUUUUGUGAGUACCUGUAAGGUUUAUUUCAUUUUUGUCAUUUUAAGCAAACUAGGUUAACAGUAUUGCCUAGUGGAACUCCUAAGGAAACUUGUUUUAAUAAAUGUGCAAAUACACCCAUCAGUGGACGACUUUUUAGCCAGUGCUGUUAUCCUCUCUCUGAGAAUGGUGUUGAUGUCUAGUCUGGACCAACCUCCGUACCCACAGAUGGCAAAGUCCCCUCUGACUUCCAUAGUUCUGGCAAUGGAAAUAAUAGCCGUGUAAGUGAUGCUUUAGAAAAAUCCUUCUGUCUUCUUUAUGUGGGUCAUAUAAACGUCACUUUACAUCAUCUCUGGACAAAGGCCUUAUAUUGAGUAAACAUAAAAUGUAGCCAUCAGUCUCCUCUUCUUGCCAGACUUCGUGCCAAUUCUGAACCUUAUGGAGUGAUAAAACUCGGUUUCCCACUGGGAAGACAGUGCUGAAAUUCUCAUAGUGGGGGAAAUGUUGAAAUCUUAUACUGAAUUCAAUUAACACAUGUGAGUUUUUCCACAUUCGAAAAUACACAGGAUGGAUUCUGGGGUUUUCUUUUCACAGCUACAACAAGCAGUCCAGAGCAUUGGCUUCACUUAGAAACACAUUUUUGCCAUGUGACAAUAGGCAGCAGAGUUGUUGGCUGUCGAUAAAGACUUCAGUCGGUCUAAUUGGUUAUUAAUAAUUGCAUAGUGCAAUCAAUCAAUUGCCAAGAUCAUUUAUUUUUCAAGCUGCUCUUUGGUGUUGCCUUGAUACUGUCUUGUCUGGUAUCAAAAUUUAACAUUCCUCUUAGUCCUCUUCGGGUAUUUUAUUUUGCUUUUUGCCCUCUUUCCUUUUCUAAAUAACAUGUCAUGUUCAUGAC